UUUUUAAGUUUGUUAAUCCAUUCUACUCAUGCUCAUACACAUUAGUAUUCUUCAUGGACUCACAUUGAAUAGGAGGGGAAUAUUAAAAGACAAGACGGAAAUUAAUAGGGAUGCUCAACGGACUCACAGAAGUUAGAAAGUGUGAUAGUAGUAUUUGGAAAAGAGAUAAUUAUCACGUCGAUUUUUGGGAACUUCACAAAUUAACAUAGGGAAAUGGGAAGUAGUAAAAAGAAUCUAGCAUAGCCUCUUAUAAAAUGAGACAUGCAACAAUCUUUUUUCUUAUGCAGUUUUGAUGUUGAAGCUGAUAGGUUGGUGAAAUGAGUAAUCAACACACUGGUGACAAAAUGGUAGAGAAAUUCACAUGGACGAUUAACAACUUCUCUAAAUUUGCCGACUCAGAAGAAGAGCUAUGCUCUGAGACUUUCUACAUCGGUGGCCAUCCAUUAUGGCAGGUUAUUCUGUAUCCAAAGGGGAACGAUAGUGAUGACUGCUUGUCACUUUAUUUGUAUGCUGGGGAUCUCUCUAUUUUUCCUAAUGACUGGAGCAUAUUUGCAAAUUUCAACUUGGCCCUUAUUAAUCAAGUUUAUAGCCAAAAGACGAUAACAAAAGGAUAUGAGCACCAGUUCAGUGAAAGUCGGCCUGAUUACGGUUGUCAUGAUUUCAUACCUUUAGUUGAAUUUAAUAACGCUAGUAGUGGGUUUAUUGUGAACGAUACUUGCAUUGUUGAAGUUGAGAUUGCUGUCAGAAAGCAUGAGCAUGUGAAUCAGGUAGAUCCCGCUGUUUGUUCUGAGAUUAUUGAACAUGUUGCAUCAGAUGGUGAGGUUGUGGAUUUCAAGAGUUUUGGGAAAAUUGAGAAAGCUUUUAUUCCACUCUUAGAUGAAGUGUGCUCCUUGCAUCCCUCACUAAUUGACUGCCAGCAGAAGAGAAGUCGCAGGUUUACAGAAUGGGCAUUCACAGCUUUGGGUCAGGUUCUACAUUUUCUUAAGAGUAGGAAGGUGAAAGAUAUGAAUGCGGAUGCUUGUAGUCAUCUCCAAGCUUUAUGGGAGAAACUUCAGACAUUUAAUUUUGAGUUGACAUGGCUCCAACCCCAUAUUCGAUCUGCCUUAAGUAUGAAAAGUUAUAUAGAGAAAGCUCAAGAACUGAAAACAAUGAAGGAGAAUUUGGCAACUCUGGAGAUGGAAACCAAAUCACUGAAGGAGAAGAUAUUUACUGCAGAGGUAGAUCUUGAAAUAGCAAGAAGACAUUUGGCAAAAGGUUUGGAAGAGAGGGAUUUGGAUGCUGAACUAGCAUAUGGAGUACCUUAAAUUCAGGUCAUUAAAGAAUUCGUAGUUGAUCUGUGUUUCUGUGGAGACAAAAAAAAAAGAAUAUGGAUGUAGGUGUUUAUAUAUAUGUGCUUUGACAAAUACUUUUCGCUUUAUCUAUCUGUCUCCAAUAACAAAUUAAGUCACACCUUACAAAUAAUUACAAAUUAUUUACAGCUCUUUCCUUUGUUCAAUUUUAGAGAAAACUUAACUCAAGUGAAUUCUUCUCAAUUUGUUUCUGCUACACAUAAAUCACACCAGAGGCAGUAUGAUCAUGAUUCAUGAGAAGUUGAGAAGUGAGAACAAAACUGCUUUGAUAGAUUGUAAUAGUAUAUAUUAGCUCUGUACAUAACUUGAAGGGGCCUAAAACUUGAACUCUUGAAGCCACAGAAGACCAUCAUG